GGAAGCACCACUAGACAAGGCUGAGUGGAAAAAAUCAUAUCAAAUCUCAUAUUUUCCAUUCAUUGAAUGCGAAGUAAUAGAAUGUCCACCAUUACCUUCAACCCUAGACUGAACCUCCAAAUUGGGAAGGAAAGUCACCAACAUGGUCCUGUAAUUGAAGAGAAUGAAGGGCUCAUCAAAGUGUACAACGAUGGCUACGUUGAACGACUUCCGAUUGUGCCGAAUGUCGCACCCACGGUGGCGGCGCCGGAGCUCGGUGUUAUAUCUAAAGAUGUAAUCAUCGAUAAAUUUACAGGCAUCUGGGCACGUUUUUAUGUGCCUAGAUGUCAAUUAAAGCUUCCUUUAAUGGUUUACUUCCAUGGUGGAGGAUUUUGUGUUGGUUCAGCUUCUUGGAGUUGUUACCAUGAAUUCCUUGCUAAACUAGCUUCCAAAGCUGGUUGUGUGAUCAUGUCUGUGAACUACCGGUUGGCGCCGGAGAAUCGUCUCCCGGCCGCCUAUGAAGAUGGUUGUAACGCCGUCAUGUGGGUGAAGCACGAAGCUCUUAAUGGGUCUGUUGAUCAAAGGUGGUGGUGUAGCCAAUGUAAUUUCUCUAAGGUGUUCUUAGCUGGAGAUAGUGCAGGUGCUAAUAUAGCCCAUAAUGUGGUCUCAAGACUUGGUUCUCUUGUUGCUGCUACUGAUCAAUGUACCAUUCCAAAGCCUUUGUGCAUCAAGGCGGUAAUUCUGAUUCAGCCUUUCUUUGGUGGCGAGGCAAGGACACAUUCCGAGAGGUACAUGACACAGCCGCCGACUUCGGCGUUAACUUUGCCGGCCUCCGACGUCUACUGGCGAUUAUCUCUACCUAUAGGUGCUAACUGUGACAACCCAUGGUGUAACCCUCUUGGUGGAACCAAUUUGGAGGCCUUGAGGCUUCCCCCGACCUUGGUGUGUAUCUCAGAGAUGGAUAUAUUAAGGGAUAGGAACUUGGAGUUUUGUACUGCCAUGGCUAGAGCAGGUAAGAGGGUGGAACAAGUGGUCUACAAGGGUGUUGGGCAUGCAUUUCAGAUUCUAAAUAACUCUCAAGUCUCACAGCUUCGAACCCAUGAAAUGAUCUCUCAUAUCAAAGCAUUCAUGAACCAGUAAUUAAUUAAAAACCUUUGUGAUUUCUUAUAGUAAUAAGAACUAGUUUGUAAAGAUAAUGGGAGGGUAGUUAGAAUUCCUUUCAUCAUGUGCUUACCAUUUCGACUACUCUUACGUUUGAUUCCACAACUACAGUGUAAUUUUUACUUUAUUUGUAUGAAUUUCUUGAAAGAAA